UGCUGUGGCUGGAUAGCCGGAUGACGCUGGCGUGUGAGACGCGAGGAGCGCGUGCUGGCCGCGGGGCCGCAGGGCAGAGCCGUGCAGUGAUGUUUGGGAGCCGGUACCCGACUCCCACGCAGCGCUUCCGCCGUGGGCGCCAGAGACCAAGAGCGACCACCCAGGCCCAGGUCCUGUGCAACUUGUUCAAGUCCUUUUGCCAGAUGACAAUCAUUGAGACCAUCGACGUGUUUGCGGGAAUUGCUAACUUCUCUGUUGUGGGAAUAGGUGGGGUGUUGACCGGCAUCUUCCUGGUCUUCUUAGCGGCAUUUACGACCCGCUUCACUUACAGUAUCCGAGUGAUUGAGCCACUCUUUGUUUUCCUGUACAGUUAUUUGUCCUACAUAACGGCUGGAAUGUUUCACCUCUCAGGCAUCAUGCCAUCAGCACUUGAGAGUCGGCGGUCCCAGCAGCCCUUGUGCCCCUCCCUGGCAUUGCUGCAGACCAAGCCAAGCCAUUCGCACUGUUCCCGCUGCAAUGAUACCUACACCCUACCCCAGAACGACACCAUCAAGCUCUACAAGGAGCUCCGGUGCCCACUCGACAACUUCGAGCUGGUCCUGUGGUUCUCUGGCUCGCAGGGCAAGAGCUACCCGCUGUGCCCCUACUGCUACAACCACCUGCCCUUCCAAGACAUGAAGAACGCCAUGUGAGACCCCUGCAUUGCUGUAAAGCCACCACUGAAGAAUCCUCUUACCAGAUGUGUUCUCUGGACUUUGGACUUCCCACCCUCUGAAACUGUAAGCAAUAAAUUUCAUUUUCUUUUAAAUUA